AUGCCCUGUCCCGCACUUGAUGACUUUGAUAUUGGCUGGAUAUGCGCUCUGGCUAUUGAGGCCGCGGCAGCCAGUGAGAUGCUUGAUGAGAAAUUCGAGCCACUACAGGAACAAGACGCCGCCGACUCCAACAUCUACACCCUAGGCCGAAUAGGCAAUCACAAUAUCGCGAUAGCUUGCCUACCUGUGGGUCAAUAUGGAACCACUUCGGCUACAACCGUUGCGAAAGAUAUGCUGCGCACAUUUUCAAACUCGUUGCGGGUCGGGCUGAUGGUCGGUGUGGGGGGAGGCAUUCCAUCCCCCGACCAUGAUAUACGUCUUGGCGAUAUUGUGAUCAGCUGUCCAGACGGUACUUCCGGAGGCGUCACUCAGUAUGAUAUGGGGAAAAUCACCGUUGGUGGUAAACUCCAACGCACUGGCUCUUUGAAUAGUCCUCCAAGAUGCGGCUGGCAGAACUGCAAGAACCAAGAAGAAUUUCAGCCGACCUGA